AUGCACGGGCACACCAGUCUUCCUCAUUGCUCAGAGGGUACCAUUUAUGAGGUGAGCAGAUUCAAUGACAGUUUAACAAUUGAGAUCAAUCCCACAAAGAUCAAGUUUAUCAAAAUGCUGAAAACAUCAGAGAUGUCAUCAAUAUUCCAUGUUAACUAUGAUGGCAUGCCUCACAUUCUGAAAGUUUUCCAUAAUAAUGAAGAUGCUGGGGAGUGUGGCUGGAUUGAGAUUGAAACUAGGCAGGUUGAGAGUGUUGAGGUGAAACUUGCAGAUGACCAGAAACAGGGUCUCCCCCUGAAUACAAAAUAUUACUAG